AUGGUGGAUUCGCCACCCAAGAAAAGAGCAUUGAAUACUACUGACGAUAAUAAAAAAGAAAAAAAAAACAUGGUUAGCAAAAAAGGUAACCCAGCUGAUGCUGUUGAAGACAUUGAGGAAAGUCUGGAUGAUGUAACUGGAGACAAGAAGAAUGAAUUAUUGAAAAAGGAGAAAAAAAAAAAAAAGGAAAAAAAGAACAAAGAUAAUGACAUCGAUAAAAUUAAUGAUGAAGACGAAGAAGAUGAUGAGGAAAAUUUAAAAAAAUUCGAAGUCGAUACGAGUGAAAAUGACGAUGAUGACGAUGACGACGAUGAUGAUGAUGAUGAGGAUGACGAUGAUGAGGACGAUGAUGAUGACGAUGACGACGAUGACGACGACGACGAUGAUGAGGAUGAUGAUGACGAUGACGACGACGAUGACGAGGAUGAUGAAGAUGAUGAUGAGGAUGACGAUGAGGACGAUGACGAUGACGAUGAUGAUGAUGAGGAUGACGAUGAUGAUGACGACGAUGAUGAGGAUUUUGAUGAUAUGGAUGAUGAUGACGACGACGAUGACGAUGAUGAAGACGAUGAGGAUGAGGACGAUGAUGAGGAUGAUGAAGAUGACGACGACGAUGACAUGGGCGGAGACUCCAAAAAGGAGGGUGAAUCGCACGCAAAGAAAGACAGUGACGACGAGGCAUACGACUAA